GACUCAAGCUUAACGCAAAGCGAAACUCGACUCGUCCAACAUGGCCGGCCAGGAAGAUCCAGUGCAGAGAGAAAUUCACCAAGAUUGGGCCAACCGGGAGUACAUCGAAGUCAUCACGAGCAGCAUCAAGAAAAUUACUGACUUCCUUAACUCUUUUGACAUGUCGUGUCGAUCCCGCUUGGCUACCCUCAAUGAGAAGUUGACAGCCUUGGAGAGGAGAAUCGAAUACAUUGAAGCAAGAGUAACAAAAGGCGAGACCUUGACUUAAACUUCGUCAUGGAAAAUUGCAGUAUCCCGAUGCUAUCCUUCCAUCUCCCAGGAGCCCACUUAUUCUUUUUUUUGAGUUUGCGUGAUGGAUUCCACCCUCCUUUUUUGAUGCUAAUGUUUAAAAUGUAUCACUAGUUUUGCUUGUUUUAUAUGAUGCCACCACCGUGUGUGUAGUAUACAGGAAAUGGCCAUCUGAGUGUGUGUUGCUUGGGCCUGGUAUUUUUAAGAAACAAAAAAAUAACCAUCAAAAACUUUGCUUUGAACAUUUUGGGGACUUUGGUACUUGUGUGGUAACAAGUUACGUUGGACCACUUUACAUAAUGUCGAUGAUACAAUACAGAAUUGAUGAGUGGGGACCAUCCUUUUGUGCCAAGUAUUGUGUGGUCUUUAAUAAGAACUGUGUGUACAGUGCACUCUUUGCUCAUAUGUCAUUUAAAUGCUGUAAUAAAAUAUGAGAAAAUCCCAAUUGAAAAUGAAA